GUCUAAACUAUAAACCGACCAAACAUCCACAAACAGUAUUUAAAGUAAACUAAAUACAGAUAUCGCAUGAAUGUGCAGCAGCUGUCAGCGAAUCUCAAGUCUGUCCGGAUCGGACCCCGUGAUCUUUCUCUAUAAUCAUGUCUGAUGAAGAACUGCGGCCGGUUCCGAAAGAACGAGCCGUCCUGGAGAGUUUCUUCACCCAGCUCGGAACGUUCUGGUUCGACAGGGCGAAAGAUUAUGUGGAGAAAGAGAAGGACGCCAGUAAGAGCGCAGGGGCCAUCUGGGCGUCUUUACUGUCUGCUCUCGCCCACCUGGCAGCUGCGGAGAAAGCUUACCACAACAUGACUUUCCUCGGCCAGAAACUAGGUGGCCAGUCAUUCUUCAGCCGAAAGGAUUCCUUCAGGUCUAUUUACACAUCUUUACACAAUGAACUGAAGAAGGUGGUCUCCAUGGGUCGCCACACACCCGGGGGCUCCACUCUUAACCUGGAGGAUCUGCUGUCGCAUUUGUCUGAGCAGCUCUGUCAUUUCACACAGGCCAGGAUGGAAAUCGCUGACUUCUACGAGAAGUUGCAUUCGCUGGGCAGCCAGAAGACGGUUAACUCUGAGGAGCUUGUGAGCACCUUGGAAACAAUUUUGCAGAAGUACAGUUCCAGGUUUCACCAUCCCAUCCUGAGUCGUCUGGAGAGCAGCUUCCAGGUGGAAGUGGAUGUUCUGACGCAGCUGUUGCAGUGCCAGGCGCAGAUCUCCGAGUGGCAUUUCCUCCCAUCCCUGCUGAACCUGCACGGUGCCCAAUCCAAACUUCAGACCUGGGGUCAGGUGUUCGACCGGCAACGCGAGACCAGGAAACACCUGUUUGGAGGGCAAUCCCAGAAGGCCGUGCAGCCCCCACAUCUCUAUGUGUGGCUGCAGCGUCUGCAAGCGACACUCCUGGCCAAGUUCAGCUUCUACUUCCACGAGGCGCUCAGCCGGCAGACGUCGCAGUCCGAAAUGAAAACCAUGACGGCACGCACCUGCCCCGAUCACUUUGGCAAGAUCUCGGCCUUUAUUCGCAAACAUGACGCUUUUAACGUCUCCUUGAUCUUCGAUAACCGUGGAUCAGAGAGCUUUCAGGGACAUGGCUACCAUCAUCCACAUUCAUAUCGUGAAGCACCUAAAGGUGUGGAUCAGUUUCCAGCCGUGGUGUCACUUCCUGGUGGAGAAAGGCCGGUCACGCAUUGGCCUAACGUUAUCAUGAUCAUGACGGACCGCUCUACGGAUCUCAACGCUCUGGAUAAGGUGGUCCACUUCUAUGAUGACAAAGUCCAGAGCACGUACUUCCUAACCAGACCUGAACCUCACUUUACGAUAGUGGUGAUCUUUGAUGGAAAGAAAUCGGAGAGAGACACGCACAUUGUGGCAUUCCUGCAAGAACUAACAGGGUCACUGAGGAACACCAAACCCUUUACAACACUUAAACCCGGCUCCAAAGGCUAACGUUUAUACAGUACCUACAGCUUACCGUUUUAAAACACAAAACUCACCUGUUUCAUUGAAUAUCAUUUCCUCACCCUUUGUGGACGUUAAAUGUUGUUGAACAUUUAUGAUAUAUUAAGGUUGCUAUUUUACUCAAUAUGCUGCUGGAACUGUUCAUGUGAUUCAUGCUCUCUUUUUAUCUCCCUAGAGCGUAUAUAAGAGGUCCAAAAGUUUCACAAGACAAACCAUUUUCAGACCAAAGACAAUACAUCUGUUAAUAUGCAAUAAUGUUUACCUUAUUUUUAAUUUGCUCUAUGCUGAUCAUUUGCAUCGUUUUUUCUUUCUUUCUCUAAAGCAGUUGUGCUUUGCUUAAUGUAAAAGGGACCCAUUAACAAGAAAUGUGAUUUUUCUUUUAUUGGUAGUUUACAACAUAUUUUAAUAACUUUGAUUUUAUCAAUUUGACAGUUUUCUCCAACCAUUGUGAAGAUAAAUCGCUUGCUAAAAAAUAAAGUUUUCAAUUAAGUAUUAUACUAUUACCGCAUUUUGUUAAAAUGAUUGUUGUAGACAAAAAUUGUUUUUUUACGCAUGAUGCAAAAUGUCACAAAGGGUGCUGAUAAUUUAUAGUUUUAUUAUAUUUUUUAUUUAUAUAUUAUUUUAAUUCAAUAUAAUUAUCUAAUUUGAUUUCAUAAA